AAGGCAUGCGAAAGUGCACACACACAUACACACACACACAUUGAAACUCCAGAAGCAGACCUGAAAGCAGAAUAAGAGGACUGGAAAUCAAACAGGUUUCACGUUUCUCAGCGGACCUUCUGAAAAUUGCACUGGACUUCAGCCUUCAGGAACCCUGACCCGUUCUCUAGAACUUCAGAGAUGCUCUCUCUCAGCAGAACUGCUCUAUCUGUUCGUCCUAAUCUCCUGGUUCUUCUCCUGGUUCUCCUCUCGCUCUGCACGGCCUCAUCUCAGGCUUCAAGAAACUUCACCGGUGGACCUGCCCGUGGGCGCAGCUUACCGCUUGAUUUUAACAACAGUCUGCCAGAGGAGCAGAAGAAGGUGUUCCAGGCUAGCACCAUGGUUUUGGUGGUUCCAUUACUCUACCUGUUUGCCUUCAUUGUGGGUCUCCCUGCUAACCUGCUAGCAUUAUGGGUGUUGCUCUUCCGUACCAAGAAGUUUCCAUCCACCAUCCUGUUGGUCAACCUGACCUGCUGUGACCUGCUGUUGCUGCUGAUGCUUCCUUUCCGUAUCGUCUACCACUUCCAGGGAAAUGACUGGAACUUUGGAGAGCCUUUCUGUCGCUUCGUCAUCUCGAUCUUCUAUGGGAACAUGUACGGCUCUGUAAUUUGCCUGAUGCUUAUCGCAGUGGACCGCUACGUGGCUCUGGUGCACCCAUUUGGAGCCAAGACUUUCCGAAGCCGGAAAACAUCCAUGUACAUGAGCCUGGUGGUCUGGGCCAUGGUGUUGGUUGCAGCUGGACCUUUGCUUGCCUCAAAGCAGAGUUACACCCUAAGUAAUCUGCCUAUUACAACCUGCCAUGAUGCGCAUCCCGAAACCCAGCAGAAGAGCUACUUCCUGCCUUACUUCGCCACCCUCUUCUUCCUCUGCUUCCUGCUGCCACUGCUGCUGGUUGUGUUCUGCUACGCCUCUGUCCUGCGAACAUUGAUGACUGCCGGCAGCCGAUAUGCCCACGCAGUGAGAGUGACCAUCCUUAUUCUUGUUGUUUUUGUGGUUUGCUUUUUGCCCAGCAACGUCCUUCUGUUGCUUCACUAUUCUGCAUCCUACCUUCUGAGGGGCUAUAGGGAUAUAGGUAAUGCCUUAUAUGUGCCCUACGCAAUAAGCCUGGCCAUCAGCACAUACAACAGCUGCAUCGACCCUUUCAUUUUCUACUACGUGUCCGAGGACUUCCGAGAGAAGGCGCGAAGGGUGCUGUGCCUUGUCUCAGAAUCUUCUGAAUCAACUUCUGGAAAGCAAGUGUCCGACUCUUCAGGAACGUCGAGGUCAAAAGUCACCUUGUUGUCCAAGUUCAGCAAGAGUACUGAACUUUUAGACAGUGAGGAUGUGAAAUUGUAACCUGAGGACUACAGAUGAUACAGAUCAGAACUCUGGAUUCUACUGAUCAGAACUUUUCUUUAAAUCAAGGAACAAUAGGGAAAAAAUCAAAUACACCAAACCUUUACAUGCUCUUUAAAAGCUGGAGAACUUUCCUUCCCAAUAUGUGUGGUCUGGAAGGUGGAGUUUGCCAAAGAUGCAGCUUUUCUAGAUUCCUACUAACUGAUGAUAAUCGUGCUGAAGGUGAUGCCCUAUAUGUGUAUUACAAGAUCAGAUUGGCUGCCAGCUUCUUCAACAGGUGCAUUGGGUGCUUUUCUUGUCUCAUAACAUUCUAAAUCAUCUUCAGGGAAGCAGGUGUCCUACUGUUCUGAAACAUCAAGGUCAAAAAUCAGCUUGUUGUCCAGGGUCAGCAAAGAGUACAGAACUUUCAGACAGUGAAGAAGUAAAAUCAUAAUUAUGUUUGACAAACCGGCACAUUUUCCUACCAACUGAGGACCUUCUAAAUUGAAUCAUCUUCUGUGACACAGGUGUUUUCUUCUUAGGAAUAUCAAGGUCAAAAUUCACCUUGUUGGUGAGGUUGAAAGAAAGUAAAAUCAUGACCUGAGGACUACAGAUGCUACCGAUCAAUAAAGAGAACUCUCAUUAAAACCAAGAAACAAAAGAUAUUCUCUGUUUGCAAGUAACUACUAGUCCAACAGUUUUCUGGUAGUAGCCAUUUUGUGUUACAGUGAAAUGCUAUUGUUACCUCAAUUCCAGCAAACCUCCACAAAGCCUUUAGAUGCCAGAUAACAUUUGAAAUAUAAACAUGCAAGUCUUGGUGGUCGGAGUGUGCCAUUUCUGGUCCUACCAGAUUGGUUUGAUAGGGAUGAAGUGGCAUAAAUAAAUUUUAUUUUUUUAUUUUGCAUUUAAGGACUUUCACAAGAGGCCAAGAGGUACAAAAACAUACUCAUGCUGAACUUAUGUGUACAGGGAAGAGGUAAAAACGUAACAUGAAGACAACAGAUCCUACUGUACAAUGGAAGAACUAUUAAUGGAAUCAAUGGAACGUCAAUGGAAGUAUUGAAUCCAAAGAAGAUAAACAGGAUACAUAGGUUGACAAAAAUGUGUAGCAGCUCUAAACUGUUCUUAUGAGUUAAUAAGAAUCGUUACAGGAACAAGGGUAACUGCUAAUUCUAAAUACUUUUGGUUGCAGCCAUUUUAUAUAUAGAACAAUUCUUUGCCCUAAUUUUGUGAUAACUCCAAAUUAACAAUGAGUCCUUUUCAGUGUUGGGAAGGUUACUUUUAAAAUGUAAUCCCUUACAGAUUACUGAUUACAUCACUCAAAAUGUAAUUUGUAACGUAAUCAGUUACAUUACUUCAAGUGAGUAACGUAAUCUGAUUACUUUGGAUUACUUACAAUAUUGUCGUUUUUUUAAGCCUGAAUGAAUGUAGCAACCACAUCUUGCAUAUUAUUGUUUUAUUUUUCCUUCCAGUUAAUAGAUAGAAAAUAAAAAUAAAACAGCCUUUUCUAUCACCCUAUAAAAAUACUUAUGAAACCAUUUAAUCAAACAAUUUUAUAAAACACUUCUAUAAAUUGAUGAUAAAAUCAUUAAAAACCAAACAAUGUAACAACAACUGUAAGCUAACUAUUUGCAGGUUUGCCACUUUCUGCAGGUGGAUUUUUUGCCAGGAUUAUCUAGGGGUGUAAAUCACAAGAUUCAUUACGAUACGAUACAAUACGAUUAUUUUAGUCAGCGAUACGA